UGUCCCAUUGGUUGAUUAUUUUACCGCGCGUCUAUCAGGAAAUGGUGAACGUCUCGUUAUUAGAAGUUGCUUGCAUUAUAAUGUAGCUUGCUUGUCUUGCUUGUUGCUAGCCUGACUAACUUAUUUAACUAAGUUACUUGAGCAAUGGAUGCUUGUCAGUCAGGAAGGCCAUUGACGGUUAUGGAGGAGGUAGCAAGUCCCACGUUCCCCUUCCCUUACCAGCCCUACAACAUACAAGAUCAGUUCAUGCAAGCUCUAUAUAGAGCACUAGAGCACGGCAAAGUUGGCAUCUUUGAGAGCCCCACAGGAACAGGCAAGUCUCUGAGUCUGAUCUGUGGAGCGCUAAGCUGGCUGAGGGAUCAUGAGGAGAGGAGGAGGGAAGAGACAGCUAGCCUGCUGCAGGGGGAGGGAGAGCCCAAUCUCCCCUCCCCGAGCUCCACCUCUCCUCUCCAGACCCCUCCAGCUCCCUCCUCGGCAGAGCCUGACUGGAUCACUGACUUUGUGCAGAAGAAGGCAGAGCGAGACCUUGUGUGCAAAUUAAAGGAGGAUGAGCUGAGGAGGAAACGAAGGGAGGAGCGCUUGGAGAUGAUCAGACACAACGCCCAGCUGAAAUACACCAUGAAAAGAAAAAGCUGUGAGGACGAUGAAGCAGUGAAGCUGUUACAGCUCAGUAAGGAGGAUCAGGGGGAGGAGUCAGGAGACCCCGAGGAGGAGGAGCUUAUUGUAGCCGAAUACGAGAGUGACGAUGAGUCCAAGAACACCAAGAAAAAGUUCUGUGCUGGCGAGGAUGAGGAUGACUUGGUGGAGGAACAUGUCACCAAGAUUUACUACUGCAGUCGCACCCAUUCCCAGCUGGCCCAGUUUGUCCACGAAGUUCAGAAGAGCCCCUUCAGUCAGGACAUCAGUCUGGUCACGCUGGGCUCACGACAGAACAUGUGCAUUAACGAGGAGGUGCGCCGCCUGGGCAGCGUCCAGCGCAUCAAUGACCGCUGCAUGGAGAUGCAGAAGAACAAACACGAUAAGCGGCCCCAGGAUGAGGGUGUGAAGCGCAGACGAGGCGCAGCAAAGAGUGUGUGUCCCUACGUCGGUGCCACGGGCCUGCAGCAUCUCCGUGAUGAAGUCUUGGGGGCGGUGAGAGAUAUCGAGGGACUCCUCGGUCUGGGCAGAAAAGCAAAGGCCUGUCCUUACUACGCCACCCGCCUCGCGAUCCCCCCGGCGCAGCUGGUGGUGUUGCCCUAUCAGAUGGUGCUCCAUGAAGGAACGAGGCGUGCCUCAGGUGUCCAGCUCAAGGGGCAGGUGCUGAUUAUAGAUGAAGCCCACAACCUCAGCGAUACUCUCUCCUGUAUACACAGCUCAGAGCUCACUGGAGCACAGCUCUGCCGUGCACAUUCUCAGCUCACACAGUAUUCUGAUCGCUACAAGAGUCGAUUAAAAGCCAAGAACCUGAUGUAUAUCAGACAGAUCCUGUUUGUGCUGGAGGGGCUGGUGCGGGUGCUGGGAGGGAAGGUGGGUCAGAAUCCACAGAGCCAAACUACUCAGCCAGGGACAGAGAUGUUCACCAUCAACAACUUCCUGUUCAAGGCUCAGAUAGACAACAUCAACCUGUUCAAGGUGCAGAGAUACUUUGAGAAGAGCAUGAUCAGCAGGAAGCUGAGUGGCUUCGUUGAGAAGUUCGCAGGCAGCGGUGUGACGAUGCACACGCCGGCCGGCUCCUUCACGCAUGCCUCCGACAAAGAGAACCGUUAUCGACAAUAG